UCCCAGACGCCGUUCCACCUGCAGCUGGACUGGGCCAGCCCCCUGGAGACACUGCUGGAUGUGCUGGCGGCCGUGCUGCAGGCACAUGCCUGGGAGGACGUGGGCCUGGCACUGUGCCGCAUCCGUGACCCCAGCAGCCUGGUGGCCCUGUGGACAAGCCGGGCUGGCCGGGCCCCAAGGCUCGUGCUAGACCUGAGCCGGCCAGACGCUAGGGACACAGGGCUGGGGGCACGCCUGGCCGCUUUGGGGACACCCAUGGGAGGGGACACGCCGGCCUCCACGGUCGUCCUCUUGGGCUGUGAUGCUGUCCAUGCCAGCCAGGUGCUGAAGGCUGCGCCACCCGGUCCCCGCUGGCUCCUGGGCACACCGCUGUCCCCAGAAGCACUGCCCACAGCCACAGCCAGUCUGCCACUCGGGCUGCUGGCACUGGGUGAGGUGGCCCGGCCUCCGCUGGAGGCCACCAUCCACGACGCUGUGGAGCUGGUGGCCCAGGCAAUGGGCAGUGCUGCCCAAGUGCAGCCAGAACGUGCCCUGCUCCCGACUGCCAUCAGCUGUGACAACCCCCAGCUGGCAGGACCAGAGUCCCGGGGGCGCUUGUUGGCAAGGUUCCUGGCCAACACAUCCUUCCAGGGCCUCACGGGGCCAGUGUGGGUGACGGCCACCUCGCAAGUGCACAUGUCACGGCGGUUCAGGGUGUGGAGUCUACGCCAGGACCCGAUGGGCGUCCCGGCCUGGGCCACUGUGGGCAACUGGCGGGAUGGGCGUCUGGACCUGGAGCCAGGCGUGGUGGCUGCGCGCCCCCUGCCCCCGCCAGGCACCCGGGCCCGGUCCAAGCUUCGCGUAGUGACGCUGAUAGAGCACCCAUUUGUGUUUGCCCGGGAGCCUGAUGAAGACGGGCAGUGCCCAGCCGGGCAUCUGUGCCUGGACCCAGGUACCAACAACUCGGCGACACUGGACACACUGUUCGCCGCACUGGCCAAUGGCUCAGCACCGCGCGCCCUGCGCAAGUGCUGCUACGGCUACUGCAUGGACCUGCUGGAGCGGCUGGCCGAGGAUACGCCCUUUGACUUCGAGCUGUACAUCGUAGGUGACGGCAAAUAUGGCGCCCUGCGGGACGGCCGCUGGACCGGGCUGGUGGGCGACCUGCUGGCCGGCACGGCGCACAUGGCGGUCACCAGCUUCAGCAUCAACUCCGCGCGCUCCCGCGUGGUGGACUUCACAAGCCCCUUCUUCUCCACCAGCCUGGGCAUCAUGGUGCGCAUGCGCGAUACGGCCUCGCCCAUCGGCGCCUUCAUGUGGCCGCUGCACUGGACCAUGUGGCUGGGCGUCUUCGCGGCCCUGCACCUCACCGCACUCUUCCUCACCCUGUACGAAUGGCGCAGCCCCUACGGCCUCACGCCGCGCGGCCGCAACCGCAGCACGGUCUUCUCCUACUCCUCGGCGCUCAAUCUCUGCUAUGCCAUCCUCUUCGGCCGCACCGUGUCCAGCAAGACUCCCAAGUGCCCCACUGGGCGCUUCCUCAUGAACCUCUGGGCCAUCUUCUGCCUGCUCGUGCUGUCCAGCUACACGGCCAAUCUGGCCGCCGUCAUGGUCGGGGACAAGACGUUCGAGGAGCUGUCAGGCAUCCACGACCCCAAGCUGCACCAACCGCCGCAGGGCUUCCGCUUUGGCACGGUAUGGGAGAGCAGCGCCGAGGCCUACAUAAAGGCCAGCUUCCCCGAGAUGCACGCGCACAUGCGGCGCCACAGCGCGCCCACCACGCCAGGGGGAGUCGCCAUGCUCACGAGCGACCCCCCAAAGCUCAACGCCUUCAUCAUGGACAAGUCACUCCUGGACUACGAGGUGUCCAUCGACCCCGACUGCAAGCUGCUGACGGUGGGCAAGCCCUUCGCCAUUGAGGGCUACGGCAUCGGACUGCCCCAAAACUCACCCCUCACCUCCAACCUGUCCGAGUUCAUCAGCCGCUACAAGUCCUCGGGCUUCAUCGACCUGCUGCACGACAAGUGGUACAAGAUGGUGCCUUGCGGGAAGCGGGUCUUCGCGGUUACAGAGACUCUCCAGAUGGGCAUCUACCACUUCUCUGGCCUCUUUCUGCUGCUCUGCCUGGGCCUUGGCAGCGCUGUGCUCAGCUCGCUGGGCGAGCACGUCUUCUAUCACCUGGUGCUGCCGCGCAUCCGCAGGGGCAACCGUCUGCAGUACUGGCUGCACACCAGCCAGAAAAUCCACCGCGCGCUCAACACGGAGCGACUUCCGGUGCAGAAGCUGGAGGUGGAGUCCAGUGGCCCAGGGGAGCAGCGGCAGGCCACAAUGGCUGACCCCAAAAGCCCCAGGCGCUGGAAACGCGUGCGCCGGGCUGUGGGCACCGAGCGCCGUCGUGUGCGCUUCCUGCUGGAGCCAGCAGUGGCUGCGGCCCAGGACAGGGAGCCCGGGCCGCCCGAGGGCCCCGUCUGGCUGUGCCCCAAUGGAGGGUCGCCCACGCCGCGGCCUGGAGAGCUGGAAGAGCUGGAGCGGCACAUCGAGACUGUGCGCGAGCGGCUGCGCCAGGCCCUCCUGCGGCGCGGCGAGCUCAGGGCCCAGCUCAGGGAUGGUGCCGGCCACAGGCCACUGCGACUGCUCCAGGCCGCAACGGUCCCCGAGGACGCGCGGUGAAUGCCACCCCGCCCGUGCGCAGGAGCAGACCAGACGCUGUCCAUGGACAGUUUAUUCCAUAUACAAACACAACU